ACAACGUCAUAAGCAAUGUCCGCCAUGUUUUACAAGUUUGAAUCAUUAAUUGUGGAAUGUUAUUGACACGGCGGUACACGAAAAAAGCAUUUAUAUAGUUAAUGCAUUCGUUCGUCAGUGACUUUCACAUUCUAUGUCUGUAGCGAUUCACAUUAAUAUGGAGUUGGCUUUUUUUGUUUUCCUGAAUUUUCUCCACUUUGGAAUUUGUGGAUUCAUAAAUGAAGGUUUUGCACAGUAUGGCGUUGAACUUAGCGUGUUUUCCGGACGUUCCAGCCCGUCUUGGACUGUAGACAGGAACAACCCUCUCUAUCCCCGGAUAGCGGCUAGAAUCAACAGGGCACGGUCAACAAGGAUGAGCGAAAAGCUUGGAUACAGUGGUUUCGUCGUAGAGAUGAAAAAUCCAUUUGGACAGCGAGUGUUCAAGACAGUCGGUGCGGGUACAAAUCCUCGACUAGAGUUGUUGUUACUUAAUUCAUCACCUUAUCCAAUCGAAAGAUCUGUACGACGUCACGUGAUUGACACAGUGAGAAGAUCGGUAAUGUAUCGACGGAAAUCAAUUUGAUUAUCAAACUUUGCAUGAAGGAGUUGACAAUUAUUAGAUACAACGACUUAAAUGGUGCCAUAUCGUUAAAUAUUCAAACGAAGUGGUUGACGUGGUUCGGGAUCAUCAUGGUGCAUGUUGAUUUUUUUGUAGUUGUUUUUAAGAUAAAAUUGCCCAGAAAUAUGAAAGCCAUUGAUCAUUAUUUUGUUUUAAAGAUAACUGUAACAUUUUUAGGCAAAUAUAUACCAUUUUAUUCUUCAUAUAGAACCAAAAAUUGUACAUAAUGAUGUUAGUUUAGACUAGGUACUAGUAAUUAUGUAUACUUGUUUUUAGAAAUUUUAAAUACAUGUAUGUUAGUUUCAUAAGGUCAAUUUAUACGGUGAUUUUUAAUAAAAGUUAUAUAAUUUUUGAUUGAUUUAUUGUUUAUUAGAACUUUAAAGUAUGUGUCCAUUUUCCAAACGCCUUCCAGACUCCACCACAACCCUACAUAAACCUGCAGGCCAGGUUCCCAGACAGACC